AUGUCGGCUUUUAAUCUGAAUGUAGAUGUGAACCAGAAUGGGAAUGUCAAGAAUGCUGAUUCUUCAUCUACACUGGACGAUAUUGAUGACUUUGAUUUCUCGAAGUUGCUAGAGAAGCCAAGGCCGUUGAAUAUUGAGAGACUGAGAUCACUUGACGAAAGGUCUCUGACUGAGUUAUCUGCGUCGCCACAACUUAGAAAUGUGGAUAGUGCUUCUCGGCUCCAUGAUCACGCAGAUUAUGUGAUUUCACCGAGCGUUGGUAGGAGGUCUGGAUACAAUACUCCGAGGUCAGUGCAAGGAUUUGAGUCUCAUCCAAUGGUGGGAGAGGCCUGGGAUGCUUUGAGGCGCUCGAUGGUUUACUUCCGUGGACAACCUGUUGGGACGAUUGCUGCAGUGGAUAAUUCUGAAGAAAAACUCAACUAUGAUCAGGUGUUCGUGAGAGACUUUGUGCCAAGUGCUUUAGCAUUCUUGAUGAACGGAGAGCCAGAAAUAGUCAGAAACUUCCUUUUGAAGACUCUUCGUCUUCAGUCGUGGGAGAAAAAGAUUGAUAGAUUCCAGCUUGGUGAGGGAGUUAUGCCUGCUAGCUUCAAAGUUUUCCAUGAUCCUGUUAGAAACCAUGAAACGCUGAUAGCUGAUUUCGGAGAGAGCGCUAUUGGAAGAGUAGCGCCAGUUGAUUCUGGUUUCUGGUGGAUUAUAUUGCUCAGAGCCUACACAAAAUCUACGGGAGACUCUUCUCUUGCUGACAUGCCUGAGUGCCAGAAGGGUAUCCGUCUGAUACUAAGCCUGUGUCUGUCUGAGGGAUUUGAUACCUUCCCCACUCUCUUGUGCGCUGAUGGUUGCUGUAUGAUUGAUCGUAGAAUGGGAGUUUAUGGUUACCCGAUAGAGAUUCAGGCGCUUUUCUUUAUGGCCUUAAGGUGUGCCUUGCUCGUGCUUAAACAUGAAGGAGAAGGUAAAUUUCUGGUGGAACAAAUAGUUAAGCGACUUCAUGCACUGAGCUACCACAUGAGGAGCUACUUUUGGCUAGACUUGAAGCAGCUUAACGACAUUUACCGGUACAAGACGGAGGAAUACUCUCACACUGCUGUCAACAAAUUCAACGUGAUCCCUGAUUCGCUACCGGAAUGGGUUUUCGACUUUAUGCCUCCUCACGGUGGGUUUUUCAUCGGCAAUGUAAGCCCUGCAAGAAUGGACUUCCGUUGGUUUGCCUUGGGAAACUGUAUAGCCAUAUUGUCUUCCCUGGCUACUCCUGAACAGUCUACAGCAAUUAUGGAUCUCAUAGAAUCUCGCUGGGAAGAGUUGGUUGGAGAAAUGCCACUGAAAGUUUGCUAUCCGGCAAUAGAAAGCCAUGAAUGGAGAAUCGUAACUGGUUGUGACCCCAAAAACACUCGAUGGAGCUACCACAAUGGAGGGUCUUGGCCAGUGUUGCUAUGGCUACUGACGGCUGCGUGUAUCAAAACGGGUCGACCUCAAAUAGCAAGAAGAGCGAUUGAAGUAGCAGAGGCUAGGCUUCACAAGGACAAUUGGCCUGAAUACUAUGAUGGAAAGCUAGGGAGAUACGUUGGGAAACAGGCACGUAAAAGCCAGACUUGGUCAAUCGCUGGAUACUUGGUAGCAAAGAUGAUGCUGGAGGAUCCCUCACAUGUUGGUAUGAUUGCUCUCGAGGAAGACAAACAAAUGAAACCCGUUAUGAGAAGAUCCAACUCCUGGACUUGUUGA